AUGGCCGCCAUGCAGGCCCAGAAGAUGAAUGCUCAGGCCCCGGCCACCCGCACGUCUGGCGGGUCCAUCUUCGACUCGGUGGCCCAUAAUCCCGGGUCGCCGGCGAUGGCCGCUGCCCCGGCCUCCCGGCCGGCCGUCACCGCCGCCGCUGCCCCGGCUCCGCGUCCUGCCACCACCGGCGGCCCGCGCAAGGAUGCCUUCGAUGAUGUGUUCGCCCAAUUUUCCCCUCGGCCCAGCAGCACCAAUACCGCCUCCACUCCCCUGG